CAGCCAAGCUUCCCGGAGGCCGGAGAGAGCCUAUCCAUCUUCACUUCCGCACCAGAAAUAGCAGCCCUUCCCUGGUGAUGGUCUACACACUACACCGCACUACCUGCCGCUCGUCACACCAUCAGCAGUGACGUCGGCAGUGACUCCUCAAGCUUACGCUUCACUCCCAACACCUGCGAUCGAUCGACAUCGAUCCUCUAUAUAACCAGCUACCAGGAUCCCCUGAUUUCCAUCCCGUACGAAGAAAGGGUUCUUGAUUCAUCCAACACCUGACCUGUCACUCGGUCGCGCCAUUAAUCCGAGCUGGCAAGCUAGCAUCGCCGCCCACUCCCUCUGCUUGCCAGAUUCCCGCUGCACCUGGAAACUGAAGCCGCGCCCCGUCGCCGCCGUCGCAAGCAUGCAGCCGAAGGACGCCGCCGAGGACAUCGUCAUCGCGGGCGCCGGACUGGCCGGACUCGCGGCGGCGCUCGGACUGCACAGGAAAGGGGUGAGGAGCCUGGUGCUGGAGUCGUCGCCAUCGCUGCGGGCGUCGGGGUUCGCGUUCACGACGUGGAAGAACGCCUUCCGGGCGCUCGACGCCCUCGGGGUGGGCGACAAGAUCAGGGAGCAGCAUCUGCAGGCCCGGGCGUUGCGCGUCGUGGCUUCCGCCACCAGAGAAAUCGUGGGGGAGGCUGACUUCACGAAGCAGGGGAAACGAGGGCCCCUGGAAAUCCGUUGCGUCAGGCGCGACCUGCUGCUGCAGGCCUUGGAGGAGGAGCUGCCAAAAGGCACCAUCCGCUACUCCUCCAAGAUUGUCUCCAUCGAGGAGGAUGGCAACAUCAAGAUCCUUCAACUAGCCGAUGGCUCAGUUCUGAGAGCAAAGGUACUGAUCGGAUGCGACGGCAUAAACUCCGUGGUGGCGAAAUGGCUGGGCCUCGCGAAGCCUUCCUACUCGGGGCGCUCGGCGGCGAGAGGCCUCGCGCAUUACCCCGACGGCCACGGCUUCGAUCCCAAGUUCCUGCAGUUCAUCGGCAACGGCUUCCGCUCCGGCAUGCUGCCCUGCAACGGGACUGACAUCUACUGGUUCUUCACCUGGACUCCAUCCGAACACGAUAAGGGCGUCGACGAGAGCGCGGCGAAGAUGAAGCAGUUCGUGCUGGACAAGCUCCGGGGCUCGAAGGUGCCAGAAGAGGCGCUGGCGGUGAUCGACAGGAGCGAGAUGAGCGACGUCCUCGCCGCGCCGCUGCGGUUCCGGCCGCCGCUCUCGCUGGUCACCGCGAGCAUCAGCAAGGGCAACGUGUGCGUGGCCGGAGACGCGCUGCACCCGAUGACGCCGGACCUCGGGCAGGGCGGUUGCUCGGCGCUGGAGGACGGCGUCGUCCUGGCCAGAUGCCUCGGCGAGGCCCUGGCGGGCAAGGACGUCAAGGGUGGCAGCGCCGAGAACGAGCGGAUCGAGGCCGGCCUGCGCGAGUACGCCCGGAUCAGGCGGUGGAGGAGCGUCGAGCUCAUCGCGACGGCCUACACGGUCGGCUUCAUACAGCAGAGUGACAAUGCGAUCGUAAGAUUCCUGCGGGACAAGUUCCUGUCGGGAGUGCUCGCAGGGAGGCUUCUGAAAAUGGCGGACUAUGACUGCGGCGCGCUCUCAAACUAGCUCGUGAUCUUCUACUUCAUGCGUGCCAGCGCGUGCGUUUCCGUGAAAUGUGAUCUUCUUAUGUGGGUGUGGGGGUAAACUCGUGGAUUCGUGUCGGAACUUGUAUUUCCUUCGUUAAAAAUGAAAUCCUAUUACCACUUUGUGCUAA